AAGAAAAGAAAAGAAAAGAAAAAAUAAACAAAAAAAAGCAUGGAAAACCUUAUGCUUUAUCUCUUUCUUUCUCUAAUCAUAUUCAUAUCAGCUCUCAAAUUCCUUGUGAAACCCUCCAUAAACCUUCCCCCAAGUCCCCCCUUUUCUCUCCCAAUCAUAGGCCAUCUCUAUCUCCUAAAACGCCCCAUCCAUCAAACCCUUCAAAAGCUUUCCAAGAAAUAUGGCCAUGUCUUCUCUCUCCGCUUAGGCUCUCAACUCGUUGUCGUCGUUUCUUCUCCUUCCGCCGUCAAGGAAUGCUUCACAGUGAAUGAUAUCACUCUGGCAAAUCGGCCGCAGACCAACAUUACCAAGCACUUGACUUACAACAACACGAUCUUCUCAGCAUCCUCUUAUGGUGACCAUUGGCGAGACCUCCGCCGAAUUAGCACCAUAGAGAUUUUCUCAACUACUCGCCUUAAUAUGUUCUUGGAGAUUAGGAAGGACGAAAUCAAACGCUUACUUGGUAAGUUGUGUGGCAUUUCAAGUGAUGACUUUGCGAGUGUUGAGAUGGGAUCUAUGUUUUCCAAGUUGUCGUCUAAUAUUGUGAUGCGAAUGGUGACGGGGAAAAGGUUUUAUGGAGAGGAUGUGUUGGAUGCAGAACAAGCAAAGGAAUUUAGAGAUAUUGUGAAACAAGUUAUGGAAAAUUGUGGGAGUUACGAUUCAAGUUCUAUACUUUUGUUGAAUUGGAUUGAUAUAACUGGUUAUGAGAAGAGGAUAAUAGAACUUGGACAACGAAACGAUCAAUUUUUGCAAGGGUUGAUUGAUGAGCAUAGGAAUCAAAAGGAGGAAGGUAGAAAUACUAUGAUUGAUCAUUUACUUUCCUUGCAAGAAUCCCAACUUGAUUGUAUGAGUGAUCAAGUUAUUAAAGGACUUAUAAUGGUAAUAUUACUUGCAGGCACUGACACAGUAGCUGUGACUAUGGAAUGGGCGUUGUCCCAUUUGCUCAACAAUCCUGAUGUGCUAAACAAUGCUAGGAUUGAGUUAGACUCAAUAGUUGGACAAGGGCAAUUAGUUGAUGAAUCUGAUUUGUCAAAAUUGAGUUAUUUACAGGGAAUAAUCUACGAGACCCUACGAUUAAACCCAGCAGCUCCUUUACUAGUGCCACAUUAUGCAUCUAAAAAUUGUUCGAUAGCGGGCUACGAAAUCCCCCGCGAUACGAUGAUUUUGAUAAAUGCUUGGGCAAUACAUAGAGAUCCAAACAUAUGGGAAGAUGCAACUACAUUUGAACCUAAAAGAUAUAAGAAUCGCAACGUAGAUGAGUUAUUAUACAAGCUAAUACCUUUCGGUGUCGGGCGGAGAGCUUGCCCUGGUGUGGGAAUGGCUCAUCGUGUGGUUGGCUUGGCUUUGGCGUCGUUGAUUCAAUGCUUUGAAUGGAAGAGAGUGAAUAGGGAGCUGGUUGACAUGGCUGAGGGUGUUGGACUAACAAUGCCUAGAGCACAUCCAUUGCAAGCCAUGUGUAAAUCCCGACCUAUCAUGGAAAGGGUUUUCAUUUGAUAGUUCACAAUUAUGAAAGACCAUAUGUUUGAACAAAAUUAAUAAGAAAGAUAUGAUCAAUUACCUUGCACCACUCAACUAAACGUUCUUCUUCUUCUUUUUUUUUUUUUUUUUUCAAGUGUUUGAGUUGUAGUGUAUUGGAACAAUAAUGAUUUGAGUGCAUAUUAAUAUUGUAAAAGUGAAAAUUUCAUGUUUUAAAACGUUAUGGGACUGCGAUCGGAGUUUUCAUAUUACCUAGGAGAG